GCUUUGAGGAAGUACAGGAAUGAAGUUGUAGAGCUGAGAUUCCCUUGCAAUCCUGGCUAAAAGAGAGAAGUCAGCAAAGAAGGAGAGAGAGUACCUCCACUGAGCCAGUGACUCGAUCCAGGGGAUUCCUGCCCGGACUGUGGUGGUUCCCAGGAUCCCCUUAUCUCCCAGCCCUCGGGUUCCGCCGGUGCUCCUCCUGAGCCUGGGAGCCAUGGGCCCCGGGCCGAAGUGAGGACCAUGGACCUGUCGGGCUGCUGCUGUUGGGGGCUCCUUCUGGUCCUUCUGCCCCCAGCAGUCUGGGGAACCCAAGUGUGCACAGGCACAGAUAUGAAGCUGCAGUAUCCUGCCAGUAUUGAGAAUCACCUUGACACACUGAGACACCUGUACCAAGGAUGCCAGGUUGUACAGGGCAACUUGGAACUCACUUACCUGCCUGCUGAUGCCAACCUCUCCUUCCUCCAGGACAUCCAGGAAGUGCAGGGGUAUGUGCUGAUUGCCCACAGCCUGGUGAAGAGCUUCCCGCUGCAGAGGCUACGCAUCAUACGAGGCACACAGCUCUAUGAGGACAAAUAUGCCCUGGUUGUUCUGGACAAUGGGAAUCCCCUUGGGACUGCCCCUCCCACACCACAGGGCCUCCCUGGCCUUCGGGAGCUGCAACUUCGAAGCCUCACAGAGAUUCUGAAAGGUGGGGUCCUGAUCCUGAACAACCCUCAGCUAUGUCACCAGGACACAGUGCUAUGGACCGACAUCUUCCAUAAGAACAACUACUUGGCUACCACCUCCAUCGACACAAACCGCAGCCGAACUUGCAGCCCUUGUUCUUCAUCAUGUAAAUCCGGCAAAUGCUGGGGGGAAGGACAUGACAACUGUCAGAGCUUGACCAGCACAAUCUGUGCCAGUGGCUGUGCCCGCUGCAAGGGGCCCCUCCCCACAGACUGCUGCCAUGAACAGUGUGCUGCUGGCUGCACUGGCCCCAAGCAUUCUGACUGCCUGGCCUGCCUCCACUUCAACCACAGUGGCAUCUGUGAGCAGCACUGCCCACCGCUGGUCAUCUACAACUCAGACACCUUUGAGUCAAUGCCUAAUCCUGAUGGGCGAUACACCUUUGGGUCCAGUUGUGUGAAAUCAUGUCCCUAUAACUACCUGGCUACAGACGUGGGCUCCACCUCCUGCACCCUUGUGUGUCCCCUCCACAGCCAGGAGGUGACUGCCGAGGAUGGGACCCAUCGGUGUGAGAAGUGCAGCAAGGCCUGUCCCAAAGUGUGUUAUGGGCUGGGCAUGGGGCACUUGCGGUCAGUGAGAGCUGUCAACAGUACCAACAUCCAGGACUUUGCCGGGUGCAAGAAGAUCUUUGGAAGCCUGGCCUUCUUGCCUGAAACCUUCACAGGGGACUUGGCCACCAAUACUUCUCCACUAAUGCCUGAAGAUCUCAAGGUCUUUGAGAACCUGGAGGAGAUCACAGGCUAUCUAUACAUCUCAGCCUGGCCUGACAGCUUCCCUGACCUCAGCAUCUUUCAGAACCUAAGGGUGAUCAGGGGAAGGGUGCUGCACAAUGGUGUCUACUCCCUGACACUGGAGCAUCUGGGUAUUGGCUGGCUGGGGCUGCGGUCACUGAGAGAGCUUGGCAGUGGGCUGGCACUCAUCCAUCACAAUGCCCACCUAUGCUUUGUCCACACGGUGCCUUGGAACCAGCUCUUCCGCAAUACCCGCCAGGCCCUACUCUACAGUGCCAACCGACCUGCUGAUGAGUGUGCAAGGGAGGGACUAGCAUGCUACUCCCUGUGUGCUCAGGGGCACUGCUGGGGCCCCGGACCAACUCAGUGUCUCAACUGCAGCCAAUUUCUCCGAGGGCAGGAGUGUGUGGAGGAGUGCCGGGUCAUGCAGGGGUACCCCCGAGAAUAUGUAAAGGAGAGGCGCUGCUUCCCAUGCCAUGAGGAGUGCCAGCCACAGAAUGGCACUGAGACCUGCUUUGGAUCGGAGGCUGACAAAUGUGUAGCCUGUGCACAUUUCAAGGAUCCCCCUGCCUGUGUGGCCCGAUGCCCCAGUGGGGUGAAGUCUGACCUCUCCUUCAUACCUAUCUGGAAGUACCCAGAUGAUGAGGGCAUUUGCCAGACCUGCCCCACCAACUGUACCCACUCCUGUACUGUAUUGGAUGACAAAGGCUGUCCUGCUGAGCAGAAACUCAGCCCUGUGACCUCCAUCAUUGCUGGGGUGGUCGGGGUGCUCCUAGCCCUCAUCAUAGGCCUGAUCAUUGGCAUCUUGAUUAAGCGUCGGAAGCAGAAGGAACGCAAACACACUAUGAGGAGGCUGCUACAGGAGACGGAGCUGGUGGAGCCCCUGACGCCCAGCGGGGCAUUGCCCAACCAAGCUCAGAUGCGAAUCCUAAAAGAGACGGAGCUGAGGAAAGUGAAGGUUCUCGGUUCUGGGGCUUUCGGCACAGUCUACAAGGGUAUUUGGAUCCCCGAUGGUGAAAGUGUGAAGAUUCCAGUGGCUAUCAAGGUGUUGAGGGAAAACACAUCCCCCAAAGCCAACAAGGAGAUCUUGGAUGAAGCAUACGUGAUGGCAGGUGUCGGCUCUCCAUAUGUGUCUCGCCUUCUGGGCAUCUGUCUGACAUCUACGGUGCAGCUGGUGACCCAGCUUAUGCCCUAUGGCUGCCUCCUGGACCAUGUGCGUGAAAACCGAGGGCGACUCUGCUCCCAGGACCUCCUCAAUUGGUGUGUGCAGAUUGCCAAGGGGAUGAACUACCUGGAGGAGGUUCGGCUAGUACACAGAGACCUAGCAGCCAGAAAUGUGCUGGUCAAAAGUCCCAACCACGUCAAGAUUACCGACUUUGGACUCGCAAGGCUCUUGGACAUUGAUGAGACAGAGUACCACGCAGAUGGGGGCAAGGUUCCCAUCAAGUGGAUGGCACUGGAGUCCAUUCUCUGCCGAAGAUUCACCCAUCAGAGUGAUGUGUGGAGCUAUGGGGUGACAGUGUGGGAACUGAUGACCUUUGGGGCUAAACCAUAUGAGGGGAUUCCUGCCCGAGAGAUUCCUGACCUGCUGGAGAAAGGGGACCGACUGCCCCAGCCCCCCGUCUGCACCAUCGAUGUCUACAUGAUCAUGGUCAAAUGUUGGAUGAUUGACUCUGAGUGUCGGCCUCGGUUCCGGGAGCUAGUUACUGAAUUCUCACGAAUGGCCCGAGACCCUCAGCGCUUUGUGGUCAUCCAGAAUGAGGAUUCUGGCCCAGCCAGCCCCCUGGACAGCACUUUCUACCGCUCACUGUUGGAAGAAGACGACAUGGGAGACUUGGUGGAUGCAGAAGAAUACCUGGUGCCCCAGCAAGGCUUCUUCUGCCCUGACCCUCCCCUGGCUCCAGGUCCUGGGGGCACUGCCCACAGAAGACACAGAAGUUCUUCUACAAGGAGUGGCGGGGAGCUUCCAGGCGGACUGGAAGGCUCAGAAGAUGACACUCCCCAAACUUCAACAGAGCCUUGGGAAGGGACUGGUUCAGAUGUGUUUGAUGGGGACCCUGGAGGGAGCCCUAAGGGGCUACAGGGGCUCCCCCCUCGAGACCUCAGCCCCCUGCAGCGCUACACUGAGGAUCCCACAGGGACACUGCCCCCUGAGAUGGAUGGCUACAUUGUCCCACCUGUCUGUGGCCCCCUGCCAGAAUACGUGAACCAGCCAGAGGUGCACCUACCACCCCCUUCACCUCUGGAGGGGACCCUGACUCCCCCUCACCCAUCCAGCUCCACCCUGGAACGCCCCAAGUUGCCUCCUCCAGGGAAGAACGGAGUGGUGAAGGACACAUUUACCUUUGGUGCAGCUGUGGAGAACCCUGAGUACUUGGCCCCACAUGGAGGCGGUCCCCUUCAUCUUUCCCCAACUGCCUUCAGCCCAGCCUUUGACAACCUCUACUACUGGGACCAGGAUCCCCCUGACCGAGGGGCUGCUCCUAAUGGCUUUGCAGCGACCCCCACAGCUGAGAACCCUGAGUACUUGGGUCUGGAUAUGACUGUGUGAUCUCUGGAAGGCCCAAAUGCUGAGAUCCCCUGAAACUCUGCACUGCACUUAUCACGUUGGGGAAGAAAAACAGACCAUUCUUGAAUGCCCUGACCCAUUAUCUGGCCAGAGUGAGAAGGGGGAUUGCCGGACCACAGACAGAAAAAUCUGGGUUGCUAUCAUCACAAUGCCCCUUCCCUUCCCUUUCCGGCAGCUCUAAGGUCCCCAGCCCCUUGCUGGGGGUAUAUUUAUUGGUUUCUGAGCUCCAGAUGCCUAGACUGGAAUCUUGGUUUGGAACGUAACUGCAAUUCAGGUGUAUAUGGCCAGCUCUCUCCACUGGACAUAUGCCCCAGGCUAAGUCUCCUGCUCCUCCUGCACCUGGCUCCCCCAGCUAGGGUUCCUACUACGAGAGACACCAGAGAAGAUAUCCAAAGGGAGAUGGAAAGAGGACCCACGAUCAGGGAUAACACCUCAUCUCCAGAGACGGAGCACCUAACUGACUUCUGUCUGCUCCAAGUAGACAAUGGAGGCAGAGAUGGUGAUGGGGGUUGGGGAAGGACCCCCAGAGCCUUGAAUCCUUUGUACAUUGUUUCCUUUGAAUUUGUUUUUUUAACUUUUUUUUUUUAAUGAUGAGAGGAGUGUGUAGAAGAGAUGCACCAUCCUCUCUGCAAAUAUAUUUUGGAAAACA